AUGAAGAACCAUACUGUUGGGGUUUUUCCCGCUGCAGGUGGUAUUGGCGGGAGCACUGUGAAGCAUCUCCUUUCGCGUCUUCCAUCGUCAAGCCUGACUUUCAUCGCUCGAAGCCCAGAAAAUCUCAAAUCCCUUCCUAUUGGAGAUGCAGUUCUUCGUCGUGCGGACUACGACGAUGACGAGAGUCUUAAACAAGCAUUUUCUGGCGUGGAUACCCUUUUUCUGAUAUCAUAUGCGUCAGUGGAACAUGAGCAUCGGUCCAAGCGUCAAAAACUUGCGAUUGACUUCGCUAUCCAUAGUGGAGUCAAAUAUAUCUUCUAUGGGUCUUUGGGCUAUGGUGGAAAGCCAGACAGCGAUGAGUCCGUAGCCCAUGUCAUGCAGGCGCACUUGGAUACUGAGAGAUAUCUCGCCGAAUGCGUCCAUCGGCACCCGGGAUUCGCGUACACCGUUAUUCGGGAAGGUCUCUACUCCGAGUCCUACCCUCUCUAUACGGCAUUCUUUGAUCUUGAACACCCAGUGGACGAGAUUAAAAUCCCGCAUGAUGGUUCAGGCCCAGGGAUUGCGUGGGUCAAGCGCGAAGAGCUAGGGGAAGGCACUGCGGAGCUUGUGAAAAGAUACAUGCAAGACCAAAAAGAGUUUAAGUACCGAAACCAAAAGGUCUUGUUGUCGGGAUCUAAGACCUUGACGAUGGAAGAGACUGUCGCCACUCUGGGGAAAAUUGUCAACCACUCUGUGCGCAUUCGCCAGGUUUCCGUGGAAGAAUAUGCAAAGCAGCCUCAGUUGAAACCGAACUUCACCUAUCACGGAGUCGAUCAUUCCAAGGUUUGGACGACCACUUUCGAAGCCUUCCGUCGUGGAGAGGCAGCUUUCGUUUCCCCUCUGCUCCAGGAGCUCUUGGGGCGUGAGCCGGAGGAUUUCGAGACAACAAUCUCCCGGUCGUCGAAGUCGGCGGGUCAAAAUUAGAUCUCAGUACCCUUUACUUAG